CCCAUCGCAAUGAGACAUUUAAUUCGAAAAUACAGACGAAUCAUUCAUCGAACUGCUAUUCAAAGUGUCCACAAAAUAAAUAGAGGGAAAUGAUAAUAAUUUGUUUAUAAUUUGAAUGAGUGAAAAUUUGAAAAAAUGAGGAAUUACGUCAGUGCGUUAGAAUUGUCCCGACAAUUACUCCGGAAAGUACAAAAGAGUGAGGUUAAGCCAGUGAUUACUUCAGUAAGGAAAUGUUCGACAGGUGCAGCAUCACCGGAAAAUCCGGAGGACCUGGGGAAAAAUGUGAGAAUUCUCCCGAGUCAGCUGCCAUCAUCAGCUGAUGAGGUGUUCUUGAAGGACCUGGUGAAAGACAUGAAGAUGCCCCGUGCCUUGGACAUGAAUGAUGAGGAUAUCUCAGACUUGGGGCCUUAUCACAGGCCGUCCUUUAAUUUCGCUGCUUACGCCAAUAAAUCGGAGACAAUUCAGGAGCUGGUGAAGCUCGGCGUCGAGCUGUGGAAGAUCGAGGGUCAGCCUAGGGCCAUGGAGGUCAUUCUCUCGAAGACAUUCGAGGAGAUGAAACCGUACAUUCAGUUUCUCCACGACUGUGGUGUACCUGCUGAUAAAAUUGCUUCAUUCAUCACGAAGAAUCCUCUGAUCUUCAAGGAAGACAUGGACGACUUGAGGACGAGGAUCAGAUACCUGAGGGCGCAUAAUUUCAGUACGGAAGAUGUUGCGAGGAUCGUUACAGAGGCACCGAAAUGGCUGUCCUGGAGAACUGAUGAGAUUGAUAAUAAAUUAGCAUAUUUUCAGAGAGAAUUUCGACUUCUAGGAAAGGAAGUGAGGGCUUUAGUCAUCAGACGACCGAAGUUAAUUACCUUUCCACUGAAAAUCAUCCGAGAUAACACGUUCGCUAUUAAAGAACAGAUGGGAUUUGACGAGGAUCAGGCCAAAGAAAUUCUCCUGAAUAAACCAAAAAUCUGGGAAAAAGCUCUACCUGCACUCGUAGAAUCUUUUAACUAUGUGCACGGUGUGAUGAAUAUACCUCACGAAAUUAUCGCCAAACAACCGAGUGUCAUCGCAACUAGAGUUGAGAGAUUAAAACAGAGACAUUUAUUCCUGGCGUUAUUAAAACGAUGUCAAUACGAUCCAAAAAAGCCUCUGUAUGUGCCCCUGGAUGCAUUAGCCAUGGGCUCUGACAUUGAAUUCUGCACAAAAUGGGGAAAAUCCUCGAUAGCACUAUACGAGAUAUUCCUGAAGACCUUAUAAAAAUGAAAGAGACAUUAAAAAUAAAGUUUUAAAGUUGA